CUUGUUCAUCCAACUUCAAAAUCCUCCUUCUGAACAUUCUCACAUACCUAUCCUAAAACUCCUUUACACUUUCUCUUUAUUAACCAUGUCUACUUCUCUGGAAUAUGAUGAUUUGUCACAAAAAAACAAGAAAGUUCUCGACUUCAUAGAAGAUGUUACUACACAUGCAGAUGAAAUCCAAAAGAAAGUCUUGGCUGAAAUUCUCUCUAAGAAUGCAAAUGUUGAGUACUUACAAAGACAUGGUCUCAAUGGCAAAACUGAUAGUGAAACCUUCAAGAAACUUCUCCCUGUCAUAACUUAUGAAGAUAUUCAAAAUGAUAUUAACCGUAUCGCCAACGGUGAUACUUCUCCAAUCCUCACCUCAAACUCCAUUUCAAGCUUUCUCACCAGCUCAGGAACAUCAGGUGGUGAGAGAAAGUUGAUACCAGCAACAGAAGAAGAAUUUGUAAGAAGAUCUUUACUAAUAAGUCUGUGCAUGCCAAUAAUUAAUCAAUUUGUUCCUGACCUAGAUAAAGGAAAAGGAAUGUACUUAAUGUUUAUAAAAAAUGAAUCUAAAACACCAGGAGGCAUUAAAGCUAGUCCAGCCCUUACAACAUAUUACAAAAGUUCUCAUUUUUUAAACAGACCUUACGAUCCAUACGCGAAUUUCACAAGUCCAAAUGAAACUGUUCUAUGUCUUGACUCAUAUCAAAGUAUGUAUUCACAACUUCUAUGUGGUCUUUGUCAAAACAACGAGGUCCUUCGUGUAGGUGCUAUUUUUGCUUCUGGACUUAUCCGCGCCAUUCGGUUCCUUGAGAAAAAUUGGUCACUUCUCUGCGAUGAUAUAAGAACAGGAACAAUAAAUCCUCUCAUCACUGAUAGUUCAGUGAGAGUGGCUGUGAUGAAGAUUCUCAAAUCUGAUAAAAAUCUUGCAGAUUUUGUUGAAUUUGAGUGCAGCAAAGGUUGUUGGCAAGGUAUUAUAACUAGGUUGUGGCCUAAUACUAAGUAUGUUGAUGUUAUUGUGACAGGAACAAUGUCACAGUACAUUCCUACUUUGGAUUACUAUUGUAAUGGUCUUCCACUUGUUUGUAAGAUGUAUGCUUCCAGUGAAUGUUUCUUCGGUGUUAACCUUAAUCCUCUUUGUAAACCUUGUGAUGUGUCUUAUACCCUUAUCCCUAACAUGUGUUACUAUGAAUUCUUACCGAUUAAUAGAAGUACCGAUUCUGUACAUGAGAAUGAAAAGCAAGAGUUGGUGGAUCUUAUUGAUGUCAAGCUUGAUCAAGAAUAUGAGCUUGUUGUUACAACUUAUGCUGGACUUUAUAGGUACAAAGUGGGGGACAUAUUGAAAGUGACUGGAUUCAAGAACAAUGCACCGCAAUUCAGAUUUGUCUGCAGAAAAAACGUUGUUCUAAGCAUAGAUUCAGACAAAACAAACGAAGUUGAGCUACAAAAUGCGAUAAAAAAUGCUGUCACACAUUUAGUACCAUUUGAAGCAGAUGUAGCAGAGUACACUAGUUAUGCAGACACAAGAACAAUUCCAGGACACUAUGUAUUGUAUUGGGAAUUAAACCUUAAAGACUCAACAACAAUUCCACAUUGUGUUUAUGAAGAUUGUUGUUUAACUAUUGAAGAGUCACUUAACAGUGUUUAUCGACAAGGUCGUGUUUCAGAUAAAUCGAUUGGGCCGCUUGAGAUUAGAAUUGUCGAGGAGGGGACAUUUGAUAAACUUAUGGAUUAUGCUAUUAGCUCGGGAUCGUCAAUUAAUCAAUAUAAGACUCCUAGGUGUGUGAAAUCUGCACCUGUUUUGGAGCUUUUGGAGUCAGGAGUUAUGGCAAAGUAUUUUAGUCCUAAAUGUCCACAAUGGGCUCCUGGUCAUAAGGAGUGGAUUGUUAAUAAAAAUUGAAAAAGUGGUUAAUAUGGUUAAACAUAUUUCUGUGUUGAUCAUAGUUAUGUUUAUAUGGACAUCCAUUGUGAUUCUGUUAUUCGUGUUUGAAUAAAUUUAAGAUCAGUACUACUA